GCUCUGUGAAGCUGUAGCGAACCAAACAUGGCCCAGGGAAAACAGAAAUUUAAAGCCCAGCGUCCCGGAGGAGGCAAGAAACAUCAGCAAAAAAUUAAAGGACCCAAGAAAGGAGGAAGAAUCAUCGCACCAAAGAAAACUCAAAUAGUCCAGCAGCAGAAACUAAAGAAGGGUUUGGAGGUGGCAAUUCGAAAUAAGAUUGAACAAGAGGUGACGCAGAAAGCCAGUUCGUCCUUGCACAAGAAACUCAGCGUUCUCAAAGCGCCAGAGACUAAGGGGGGAGCAGCAGCAGCAGCGGGAUCCAAAUCCUCUUAAGUAACAGACAGAACCGGCGCGACUGUUCAUCCAUCCCCCCCUAUAGCUGUUACACGCGUUGUGUAGCAUAUCACAUGGCCACUAGGUGGCAGCAAAGCAUAGACUGUGAGUGGUCUGACCAAGUCUGACAGUCAGACCCAGCUGUUGUAUUUUGUUGUACAGAGCCUCUCCAUUCUCUCCUGUUGAGCUUUAAACUGCAUAUAGUCCCCCAGUUCCACUGUUUAAUUGCAUCUGCAUUUACAGGCAUCAGAAUAGAUUUUACACAUCGUUUGAAUAAUUAAUGUUGCACUGAACAUCCAACCAGAGCUGGAGGUCCACAGACACUGCCUGAUGUUUGUUCCAGCUGCACAAUAAUAAAAAAAAAAAACUGAUUUAAAAAUGAUCGUUCCUCUAUGGCUCAAAUAAGACCCCCUCAGAUAUUUUAAAGUGUGGUUUGUAGAUGUCAUAUGAGACUAAGCAGAAUGUAAGAGCCUCUUUAAGGAGCUCAGGUGGAAUAGGUGGCCCACAGAGGCACUGAGCCAGGGUGAGGGUAGAGAACCCUCCCCGCUGCUGUUCUGAGAUCAGUCAGACUUUGUACAUCUUAACGAUCGCGUUUAUGGCUCGUGAAGGAGCGGGCUGAUCUGAGAUCAGUCAGACCGUGUACAUCUUAACGAUUGCGUUUACGGCUCGCGAGGGAGCGGGCUGAUCUGAGAUCAGUCAGACCUUGUACAUCUUAACGAUCAUGUUUAUGGCUCUUGACGGAGCUGUGCUCUCUGUAAUGUGAUCCGGGCUUUUAACCUCCUGGAAUUUGUCAGUUUGUUUUAAAAAUAAAU